AUGGUACACCUUGUGGCUGUACCAGAGCCAAUCACGGCAAGUGGCUGUGCUUGUGUCUUUAUUGACACCAUCUUCCGACUUCAUGGGUUGCCCCGUGAACUCGUAUCAGACAGAGAUCCACGAUUCACUGCUGAUUUCUGGCGUUCCGUGUUCAAAUCACUCGGAACGCGCUUGAAGAUGUCAACAUCUGAUCAUCCAGAGUCAGAUGGUCAGACGGAACGUGCCAACCGUGUCCUUGAAGAGAUACUUCGAGGAUACGUACACUCCUUUAAGAGUUGGAGUGAGUUUUUGCCAAUGGUAGAGUUUGCCAUUAACAACUCGGUGCAUGCGUCCACGACACAUACACCGUUUUACGUGAAUGGCUUGCGCCAUCCGCGUGUACCCACCUUACUAGAGUGUAACUCUGGUUUAAGGGGGGGAGGGACUCGCGCGAGCAAAAACCGAUUUGGUUCACGCUCAUCACGCUCUGACGAAGACGUCAUUGCGUUUGAUGCCGAUAUCGAUAACAUCGAUGUCGAAGAAGUUGAUUCCAGUGAGAGUGCGGAAGCCCUCACUGAAGAAGAUGAUGCCAGUGAGAGUGCGGAAGCCCUUACUGAAGAAGAUGAUCCCAGUGAGAGUGCGGAAGCCCUCACUGAAGAAAAGGUUGAUGUUGCUGCAGUGCGCUCACAGCACACUGAAGCUAACGAGUCAUCAGAUGAGUUCAUACUGGCUCGUGAAACGGUAGUCCGUUUUGUGCAAGACUCCAUCGCCGAAGCGGUGACUUAG